CAGCGAGCGCGUGGGAGUUUGUCACCAUUGCUGUGUAAGCUCUGCGUGCUCAUGGUGGACCCACGGAGGAAAUGGACUUGGAUCAGCUGGACCUAAACCCCAGAAUUACUGCUGCGAUUAAAAGGGGCAGACUGAAGUCAGUGAAGGAGGUUCUGUGCUACUCCGGCCCAGACCUGCAGCGGCUCACCAGCCUGCCCAGCCACGAUGUGCAGCUCCUGCUGAGAGCAGCCGCUCUUCACCUUCGGGGAAGCCGCGUCCUUACAGCACUGCACCUGUUCCAGCAGAGGGAGAGCUUCCCUGAGCAGCAUCAACGCCUGAGCCUGGGCUGCCCUGUCCUGGACCGGUUCCUGGGUGGAGGCCUGCCCCUGGAGGGCAUCACUGGCCUGGCUGGCCGCAGCUCAGCAGGAAAGACCCAGCUAGCCCUACAGCUCUGCCUGGCUGUGCAGUUCCCACGGCAAUACGGAGGCCUGGAGGCCGGGGCUGUCUAUAUCUGCACAGAGGAUGCCUUCCCCAGCAAGCGGCUGUGGCAGCUCAUUGAACAGCUGCAGGAGCUGCGGACAGAUGUGCCUGGGGAGGUAACACAGAAGAUCAGGUUCGGCAACCACAUCUUCAUUGAGCACGUGGCUGACGUGGACACCUUGAUGGAGUGUGUGAGUAAGAGGGUCCCCAUUCUGCUGUCAAGGGGCAUGGCCCGCCUGGUGGUGGUUGACUCCAUUGCAGCCCCAUUUCGUUGUGAGUUCCAUGUCCAGGCCUCGGCGGUCAGGGCGAAGCACCUGCACUCGCUGGGGGCCGCGCUUCGAAGGCUGAGUAGCACCUUCCGGAGCCCCGUGCUGUGCAUCAACCAGGUGACAGAAAUGGUGGAGGACCAGGAGUCUGCAGGGGCUUGGGAGGAGCGCCUCUCUCCAGCCCUUGGCAUCACCUGGGCUAACCAGCUCCUGAUGCAACUGAUGGUUGACCGGCUCCAUGAGGACAGUGUUACCACAGGCUUGCCCAGAAGCCCAGCUCGGACUCUACGAGUACUCUUCGCCCCCCACCUCCCCCUCUCCUCCUGCUGCUACACAGUCAGUGGGGAAGGAGUUAGAGGGAUGGCAGGAACUGAGUCCUGCUAACAGUGGGGCCAGUGCAUGAGCCUGACCCUGAUUCUGACGAAUCCUUCCAACAACCUGUGAGUCCA